AUGAUGGAAGUUUGCGUCAAUAACAACAACUCGACGCCGGCCUUCGAGUGGUCUGGAUGUGAAUCCUCCCAACCAAGUACCGCGCGUCCCAAGCGAGACUUCCGAUUUCAGGUAAUCGAAGUCCGCCAAGGCCCUAAGUGGUUCAUUUGGCCAAACCGCAAUCGCCGCGAUGGUGAUGAAGUUGAUGAGAACCAUAAUAAGGAAGCGAAAACUGUAGGAAUCGAAAAUGAGUACCAACAGUCAACAUAUAGCAAUCAAAAUCAAUUUUCUACCUAUACGACGCAGAACGGUUACGGUGCUAUCCGUCGAAAUGUUCUGCGUGGAUCAAAGCGCAUGCAGUUAGAGAAAGAAGGAGUGCUCCUGGACGCACAGCGUCUGAACCAGCGAGGAGGCUGUCGACGAAAAAGGACAAGGCCGUUACGGAACCGAUUCAGUCUGGCAGUCCAUCUAAUACCUUCAAAAUCUUGUCAAUCGCUGCAGAACACUGGGAUGAGCUUGAUGCGACAGGAUGACGAAUGUGAAGAGGUGGUGGUGAGUGCUCAUGCACGCGCAGUAUUAAAGGCUGGCCGAUGUAACGGAUGCGCAGUGGACGCACAUUAG